UUUAGUUUGUUAAACUUGAUUAAAAGUUAGUUUAGCAAGAUAGUUACACGUCUUGCCCAAGGAAACGCAUACCUACAACUCUAUACACACCCUUCUGUUUGGAAAUCGUAGAAAGUGAAUUGUACAAGAAAUCCAUCUUGAGCGGUUAUCGUCCAAGUACAGUUGGCAUCGUUUCCAUAGUUGUGGGGAUAACCAGGUGUAAUACAUCUUAUUAAAGGUAGAAAUAUCACUGAAGACACAAUGUCCACCCCUGGAAGCUCAUCCAGGCGUCAUUCGUCACGAUCUAUCAAAAGAAGGAGGUUUGACGAUGAAUUGGUCGAAAGUAGUUUGUUGCAGAAACCGCAUCGUAAGAGUUCGGAUGGGUUUGAAGACUCUCUAGGUACCUGGACUGUUACCCUUCAAGAUGUUGGCAAAGCGACGGGAUCAGCUGAAGAUCAUAAGCCUGGGAAGAGCCAGGAUUCUGGGAGAAGGUUUUCUAGUAAUUCGGAAAAAAAGUCCGGGAAAAGAAAAAAGAUAAAAAAGACGAGACAGGCGUUUGCUGCAGUGAAAGAUAUGGGAAGAUGGAAACCCACUGAUGAUAUUAUGCUGAUUGAUUCAGUGGAACAGGUUCAAGACCUGGCGCUGGUACAUUUAGGGGUAAAGUUUUCUUGCCAUUUCACUUUAGAGGAGGUGCAGGAAAGAUGGUACGCAUUGUUGUAUGAUCCGGUCAUAUCUGCUCUUGCUAAACAAGCCAUGAAAGCUUUGCCGAGAGAAGUAGCUCAUGUUGCUCAUCAGAAAGCUUUAUUCAGUAAAGCAGAAGAGGAAAUUUUGUCUAAAAUUUUAACCUCUGCAUUGCCAAGCACUGAAUCCUUUGAGGAGAUUUUAAAUUCGAACGCAACGGUUUUCCAUCAGUCCAGGACACCAGCUGCGUUAGAGAAGCAUUGGAAUUUAAUGAAACAACAUCACUUAUUGGAGGAUCAGGUGGUUCAACCUCUACCACAAGGGGAUCAUAUUCUAAGCUUCUCUGAUGCAGAAGACAUGUUGGAUGACCAAGAACUCUCAGCUCCUCGGGAUGAAGCGGUGGAUCAUGAAAUGAGAAUUUCUGACAGAAAACAGAAGAGAGAGAUUAAACAGUUGGAAGAAGAGAUUCCAAGAUGGGAAUAUCUUGUUUCUAGCGUCACUGGGGUACCGACGCAAGAGUUAGACCAACAUACUGUAGCUGUACUGCGCGGGCGUCUUGUCCGUUACUUAAUGCGCUCGAAAGAAAUCACUAUCGGCCGUUCAACUGAGUUUGUUACAGUAGAUAUUGAUCUGUCACUCGAAGGGCCAGCAUCUAAGAUUUCCCGUCGACAGGGUACCAUAAAGAUGAAGUCUAAUGGCGAUUUUGUUUUCGCUAACGAAGGAAAACGACCAAUGUUUAUUGAUGGGAAAGCCAUACAGACUGGAAGUAAAGCGAAACUAUUUCAUGAGUCUGUUCUUGAAAUUGGACUUUUAAGAUUUGUCUUUCUUAUUAACCAAAAUUUGGUUAACCCUACUACAGUACAAAGCACUGCCUGAAGUUUUUCACACAUUAUUUUUUAUUUGUUUAUUGUCCCGCCUGUUAUUUGUGCUGUUAUAUGUUGCGGUAAUUGUUUUUGUUUUGUAAAAGUCAAAAUAUGUGUUAAAAUGCUGCUUCAUUUUUCAUUCAAACACAUGUUCACUUUCUAUUGCAG